CUCUCGCCCCAAAUCAAGUCCCCCUCUCCGUCCCUUCGUUCGUCGCACUCUCAGCGGCCAUGGCUUCUCCUCUUCCCUCGAUCCCCCGCGCCGUCUCCUCCCUCCACUCAAUCCUCCCUUCUCCCGUCCUCCUCGGCCCCGAAGCCUCAGGCGCCCGCCGCCGCAGGACUCCCGGAGCCGCCGUCUCCGCCACCUUCCAGUGGAACCGCAUGCCCCAGCUCGCCGGCGAGACCCCCCGCGUGGUGGUGGUCACCUCCGGCAAGGAAGGCGUCGGCAAGACCACCACCGCCGCCAACGUCGGCAUCUCCCUCGCCCGCUUCGGGUUCUCUGUCGUCGCCGUCGACGCCGACGCCGGCCUCCGCAACCUCGACCUCCUCCUCGGCCUCGGGAACCGCGUCCACUACACGGCCGUCGAGGUCCUCAACGGCGACUGCCGCCUCGACCAGCCCCUCGUCCGCGACCGCCGCUACCCCUCCCUCGAGCUCCUCUGCAUCUCCAAGCCCCGCUCUAUGUUCCCCCUCGGCUUCGGCGCCAAGGCCCUCACUUGGGUCGUCGACGCCCUCCGCUCGCGCGCUUCGGGCGCCCCUCACUUGGUCCUUAUCGACUUCCCUGCUGGCAUCGACGCCGGAUUCAUCACCGCCAUCGCCCCUGCCAGUGAGGCCGUGCUCGUGACCACCCCUGACAUCACCGCCCUUCGCGACGCCGACCGGGUCACUGGCCUCCUCGAGUGCGACGGCAUUCGGGACAUCAAGAUGGUCGUUAACAGGGUCCGCACUGAUCUUAUGAGAGGGAAGGACAUGAUGUCGGUGCUCGACGUGCAGGAAAUGCUCGGCCUUGCACUGCUUGGGGUCAUUACAGAGGACUCAGAGGUGAUUAAGAGCACGAAUCGAGGAUAUCCUCUUGUUCUUAACAAGCCUCCAACGGUGGCUGGGCGGGCAUUCGAGCAGGCUGCGUGGAGGCUGGUCGAGCAGGAUACCAUGACUGCAGUGAUGGUCGAGGAGGAGCCCAAGAAAAAGGGCUUCUUUUCCUUCUUUGGAGGGUAAAAGGUUUUAAAGUUUUCCAGACUUCUAUCAUUUGGGAGCAGAGGAUUCUGGAUCAGGGUUGAUUUGAUGCAAGCCACGGGGGACGGUCAGAUUGCAGAUAUGGUGAGCAAGCAUGAUAGUGCACAGUUGGUAGAGUCAUAGCCACAUGGCGGAGGAGUUUGUCGUUGGCGACGAUUGCCGGAAGGCCUGUGGGAGGCGGUAGACUAGGGCGGAGAGGAGAUCAAUGAAAAGAGGAGGGCUCUACUGCCCUUGUUCAAAUCAAGAAGUCCGGUCGGGUUGCAUGGGCCAAGUCUGCA